UGACCGAUACGGCGAUCGCUCGACCUCCGCCCUGGCUUGGGCGGCCCAGCUCGCGCCUAACUUAUAGCGUGAUACCUUGCAAUAAAAGAAUCGAUGUAUACGAAUUAAUAAAAAUGUCGAGGAACGUUAAAGUGUCGUGAUGUAAGUGAUAAGAUUGUGAACGGGCUAUCAAGCCUCAGUUGUGAAGUGAACUAAGCCAAGAUGACGAUGAAAUCGCUGAAGUACAGUGAACGGGAUGAUAUGAUGGAUGGCUUUAGUCCUGUGCCUCCACCGCUGCCAAGGCGUCAGCCAGUUAGGAACAUUUAUGCAGAACCAUUCGUGGACCCGAGGUACAUGUCACCGGCCGUGACUAACGAAUGGUUCGCCCUACAGAGCCUUAAUACCGAGUCAAUCACUGGCACGGGUAUGUCGAGUGGAAUGGGGGGCACUCUCGGCGGCCACUGCCAACUGGCGAAUCAGCCGCUGGUGAUGCCGGUCUUCCCACCUCGAACUAGUCAACCAAGCCCCGUUCCAGUGUACUCUCCUUCACGGUUUCACAUAGACAAGAGAUGUCAACACCGAUGUACGUGGAAAUGCUUAGCCAUAGCGAUGAUAUGUCUAUGCGUCAUACUAGCAGCGAUGCUCGCCUAUUUUAUAGCAUUAUCGUCAAUUAAAAGUAAUAUAGACAAUUCUAAUUGCAUACUGGUUCAAGAUGUAAAGGCUGUUACACAUUCUCAUGGGAUAAGAGAUGCAUUAUCAACAUCUUCUCCUUCUGAUGAAUCGAUAUCAACGUCGUCUUUAGGAUGGUCGACAACAGCUGAAGCGGCUAUAGAAUCAGCAGUGAUACCACAGCAAGCCCAACAAGCAGCACCACCACCUUGGUCACCCGCCUUAGAAGUUAGAGAAUUUGACCAACUACAUAGUGCAACCAUACCGGCUUAUCAAUUCUGGAGCUCGGAGUUUAGAAAUAAACAGCCAGCGUUUGUCAGUCUUAACUUCACAGUUCCAUGGGGAGCAAAUUUCGCAGUUUACGGAAGAAGAAAUGUCGCACCGAGUGUCACCCAAUACGACUUUGUGGAGUUUAUUCGUGGUGGUAGAGUUGAUCAUAGACUUAGACGAAAAAGAAGCACCCUCUCACGAGACAUUACCGACCAUAAUUUUAACGAUUUCGAAUCUUUAUUCAUCUCGCCUAAAUCUCACCAAAGAUGGAACCAUACAAUAUCAAGGCGGUCUACUGACAUGAGAGUCAAUGUCAGCAUUCUACAGUAUCUGGAUACGGGAAGAUGGUUCAUAUCAAUUUACAAUGACGAACUUCAACCCCACAGAGUUGAAAUGAUAGUAACUGAAGCUGAAGGUGUAACUAAUUCCUGCCCAGAUGACUGUUCAGGUCAUGGCUCCUGUUAUCUAGGAAAAUGUGAUUGUUCUGAUGGUUUUGAAGGCCACGAUUGUUCGAAAAGCGUGUGCCCCGUACUUUGUUCCGGUCACGGUGCUUACGCCGGUGGAAUUUGUCAUUGCUCAGAAGGUUGGAAAGGAGCUGAAUGCGACGUGCCGGCCCACGAUUGUGAGCCCGCUGAUUGUUCGGGAAGGGGACGAUGUAUUGCGGGACAAUGUCAUUGUAAGCCUGGAUGGAAAGGAGUUAAAUGUGAUGAAGAGGAUUGUCUGGAUCCUACGUGCGGUGGUCACGGCUCUUGCGUUCGAGGAAGGUGUGUUUGUCGCGCGGGGUGGAGAGGCGCAGCGUGCACAGAUCGUGACGCCAGGGUCCAAAGAUGCCUCCCAGCUUGCUCUCAGAGAGGCAUCUAUGAUCUUGAUGCUGGGAGGUGCGUUUGCGAUCCACUGUACACCGGCGAUGACUGCUCUCAAGUGGUAUGUUCACUGGAUUGUGGGCCGCACGGAGUUUGCGCGGAAGGUGUUUGUCGCUGUGACGAUGGUUGGACAGGAUCGAUGUGUGAUCAAAGACCCUGCGAUACACGGUGUCAUGAACACGGGCAAUGUAAGAAUGGCACUUGUGUUUGUACACAGGGAUGGAAUGGAAGACAUUGUACCAUACCUGGUUGUCCAAAUGGAUGCUCGCGUCACGGACAGUGCCUCCUCGAAGACGGUGUAUAUCGUUGUUCCUGCGCUGAUGGCUGGGCUGGAACUGACUGCUCCAUUGCUCUUGAACUUUCUUGCAGUGAUAACGAGGACAACGACGAAGAUGGCAUGACGGACUGCUCGGAUUCCGAAUGCUGCAGUCGCCCAGAAUGCACAGAACACAUCAUGUGUUUGGCCUCCAAUGACCCCGUCGAGGUUCUACUUCGUAAACAACCACCAUCAGUUACCGCUUCGUUCUACCAACGAGUCAAGUUCCUUAUAGAAGAGAACUCUGUCCAGAGCUACGCGCAUAUGGACGAAUACUCAGAAAGCCGUGUGUCGGUGAUGCGGGGCCAGGUUGUGUCUCCCCAGGGGCUGGGGAUUAUCGGCAUCAGAGUCUCGGUGGAUAGAGAGGCUCGCUUCGGCUUCACGCUUACAAGACAAGGUGGAUGGUUCGACGUACUGGUCAACGGGGGCGGAGCCGUGACGCUGCAGUUCCAGAGGUCACCAUUCAAACCAUUACGGAAGACAGUCUUCGUGCCAUGGAAUCAGAUCGUCGUACUUCCACCGGUUCAAAUGGAGUUGAGCGAUGAAAGCGUUAAAGUACCUACACCAAGAGCUCCCCCACUUUUGGGCUGGUCGCCAAUGCCACAAUGGUGGGAAUCCAACACGCCUCCGUGUGGAGUCCAUGACCACGAGCGCCUAAGACCAGAGGUGGUGGCCAUGCCAGCGCUGGCAGCACCUGCUGCUCCGUCGCCUACUACAACCACUGUUAUAUAUCCGGAAGCUCAGAUUGUCAGUGAAUCCAUAGCUAUACCGGGCUCCUCAGUUAAACUAACGUAUCGAUCUUCGCAAGCCGCCGGCUAUCUGUCCUGCGUUCAUAUACAACUGACCAGGAAAAUAAUUCCCGCAGCCCUGACCAGGGUUCAUGUGAGGGUGGAAAUAGAGGGCUCACUUCACACACACACAUACGAGGCGGACCCAGACCUGACGCAUGUGUUUGCGUGGAACAAGAGAAACGUUUAUAAGCAGAAGGUAUACGGUCAGGCUCAAGCGAAGAUCUCAAUAGGAUACGAAUACACAUCAUGUUCGUCAAUCGUCUGGGAGACGCAGACGGCAACGUUAGCCGGCUUCGAUGUGGACAUAUCUGACAUCGGGGGAUGGGGUCUGGACAUCCACCACCAUUACAACUUCCAUGAAGGCAUCUUGCAGAAGGGAGAUGGCGCUUUGUUGCAUUUGAAGAAUUAUCCUAGGACUGUUCAGGUGGUAAUGGGAACUGGUCUCCAAAGAAGCUUAGACUGUCCCGAUCAUUGCAACGGGAAGGCCGCUGACUCCAGACUUCUCACUCCGACAGCUUUAACAUCUGGUCCCGAUGGUUCGCUUUACGUUGGAGACUUUAACUUGGUCCGACGUAUCACACCUGAAGGCGUUGUUACUACAGUUCUUCAACUACAGACUACUCAAAUGGCAUACCAGUACUACAUCUGCAUAUCACCAGCCGACGGCUACCUGUACAUAUCAGACUCCGAGAGGCACCAGGUCAGACGAGUGAUAGUGUUGGACAAAGUGAGAGACCCCACCGCGAAUUCUGAACCAGUUGUUGGGAGUGGUGACCGGUGCGUUCCAGGUGAUGACUCUAACUGCGGUGAUGAGGGACCUGCUAUUAAAGCCAAGUUGGCCCACCCUAAAGGUCUGGCUAUAGCAGCAGAUAGAACCAUGUACAUCGCAGACGGAACGAACAUCCGAGCAGUUGACCCCAGCGGAAUCAUCCAUACCCUCGUAGGCCACCAUGGACAUCACAACCAUUGGUCACCUGUACCCUGCCACGGCGCUAUUGCCCCCUACGAAGCCCAACUUCAAUGGCCCACGGGAGUGGCACUUUCGCCGCUAGAUGGCUCCCUAUACUUCAUAGACGAUAGAGUAAUCCUCAAACUCACGGUCGACAUGAAAAUAAAGGUGGUCGCAGGCCAGCCGUCGCACUGUCGACUCGGAAGUGACGGCAAGCCGAUAGCGAAGUCGAACAAAACGACCGAUUUCCGUGAAGACUCCAAUCUGGGGACUAUCCUGGCGAUCGCGUUCGCCCCGAGCGGGAUUUUGUACGUCGCAGAAUCGGACUCCAAGAAGACGAACACGAUAAAAACAAUAGACCCGUCGGGGAAAAUACUGCAUUUUGCUGGGAAACUGCAGGAGAAUUUGAAGGAAUUGAGCUGUGAAUGCAACUCGUCUACCGUUAUUCCGGUGAAUCCGAGGGACGAGGCGGGAUGCCCUUGCAGGCUGAGUGUGGCUGUUGGGGAUGAGCCGCCGACCAAUACGGAGACACUGUUAUCGUCCAAUGCCAAGUUCCAGACGAUCUCAGCUCUUGCUGUCACACCGGAUGGCGUACUCAAUGUAGUUGACCAAGGCUCCCUUCACAUACUGGCUCUGAAGCAUUACCUACCCUCACACGAUGAAAACGGCGAAUUCAGAAUUCCUUACCCACCGACAUCCGAAGUGUACGUCUUCAACCGAUACGGCCAACACAUUACAACCAAAGACCUAACAUCAGGAAAAACAAGAUACUCCUUCCUAUAUUCCAAAAACACCAGUUUUGGGAAAUUAUCGACGGUCACAGAUGCGUCUGGAAACAAAAUACAGCUUUUGAGAGACUACAGUAACAUUGUCAGUUCUAUAGAAAAUACUCAAGAUCACAAAUUGGAACUGAAAAUCUCUGGAAUCGGAUAUUUGACACGAAUCACGGAGAAGGGAUCUUCGGAAUUGGAGUUUGAUUAUGACGCUAAUUCCGGAUUGCUUAAUAGUCGAUCGGGGGCUAGUGACACCGUGAUUUACGUCUACGACGAGUUGGGUCGAGUGACAAAAAUAAUAAUGCCAUCAGGCGAACAAGUCCACAUUGCGUCUGGAUUGGCUAAAAACUAUGGCCUCGCCGUGACCGUGUCUAAUCCCGCCAGCACCAUACCAGUUGGAGUAGCCAAGAAAUGCGAGUACGUCUUACACGGGCAAUCGUUUAAGCAAAUCACAAUCAACAACGGAAAACAAAUAACCGAAGGCAAAAUAUACACGAACAACACUUUGGUACUUGACACGCCCUGGUCCGGCAAAUUUGAGAGUAUUGCCGCUGCGAAGCAUCCCCUGCUGGAAGCCGCUUUGCCUAUCGAGGCUGAAAUGCUGCGAAUGUGGUCACACCAAACGACAACAUUCGGGGAUGCCCUCAUAAACAAUAUGUACUCUUUGUACACCUUGGUUGGUGAUGUCAGGAAUCCACAGCAGACACUUAACCGUGAGAUAUGGGUGAACGACUCGCGAGUUCUAAUCAUAGAAUUCGACCAAUUCAAGAGCAGAGAAACAUUCUUCAACGCUGAUAGAAAUCCACUUUUCACAAUCUCCUAUGACGUUGCUGGAUUACCUCUAUCGUUCACACCGCACGGCGCUGGCGUUCCUUUGAACAUCUCCUAUGAUCGAUUUUAUAGAAUAAACGGUUGGAAGUGGGGUGUGACGGAGGAAUCGUACAGCUACGACCCGCACGGCAUGCUCUCAGAAAUAACGAGUCCCCAGGACGGAACAAAGUUCAUUUAUUACAACGAAGGGAACCUCGUCUCCAAAAUAUCCUUAGCGAGUCAAAGAAGUUUCACGUACAAAUACGACAAAGAUGGCGGCUUGACGCACGUCAUUUUGCCGUCCGGUACGAACCACUCGUUUAGCGUGCAACCGUCGAUUGGAUUUAUACGUGUCACGUACACACCACCCGGCUCUUCCAAGAAGUAUCUUCAGCAUUACUCGCAUUCGGGUGAACUGCUCCAAACCGUUUUCCCCGGGGAUGGCGCGAGAAUCAUCUACCGAUACUUCACGACAAAUAAGAUAUCUGAAGUCGUUCAUGGGGACGGUCAGACGCAAAUACAUUACGCAGAAAACAGUGGGUUGCCUUCUGAAAUCUUGCACGUGGAUCGCGACGUUGACUACCGCUGGGAGUCGACGUACGUCGGGGGAUUGCUCGUUGAAGAGAGACUAGAUUACGGCGCCAAAACCGGCCUCAGUAACGCUAAGAUCAUCUACGAAUAUGACAGCAAUUACCGAACAGUGGCGGUUCAGGGACGGAUAGGCGGGCAAACUCUAAUCCCGUAUCACAUCGUCUAUAAUAGCAAGACUGGAGCGCCAGACCUGCUGGGUCAAUUCACAGUUUCCAAGCAAAAGUGGAACGAGACGUCCGUGUACGAUGGUAUCGCGAUGUUUUCCCGAACUCUGACUGAUCAAUUCCUGGAGCGAGAGAUAACAGUGAAUAUCCAUAGGAUGGAAGUGUUCAGGAUGGAGUUCUUCUACGAUAAACAUGGAAGGAUUUCCCAAACGAGAACGCAUACGCGGAACGUGGGCGUGAAUACGUACACAAAUGUUAAGAACUACACGUGGGACUGUGACGGACAAUUGACGGGCGUAGAAGCACAGGAGCCCUGGGGUUUCAGAUACGAUGAUAACGGGAAUAUGUUGUCAAUGACGUAUAGGGAAAACACCAUUCCCAUGGGAUACAAUGAUAUGGAUAGGAUUAUUAAGUUUGGGGAGGGGCAGUAUAGGUACGACAGUCGGGGGCUCGUAUGGCAGAAUGCUAGAGAAGAGAAAUUCCAGUAUAAUGCGAAAGGUCUACUUAUUAGAGCGACUAAACGUGGAAGAUUUGAUGUUAGAUAUUACUACGAUCAUCUAGAUCGUUUGUCUACAAGAAAGGAUAACUUUGGAAACGUAACACAAUUCUUUUACACGAAUAAAGCUAAACCUCACGAAGUUAGUCACAUUUACUCGCCCAGAGAGAAUAGAUUCAUAACAUUGGUGUAUGAUGACCGCGGACAUAUCAUUUAUAUGCAGGUGGCUCGUCACAAAUAUUACAUCGCCACUGACCAAUGUGGAACUCCUGUGAUGGUCUUCAAUCAAUAUGGCGAAGGCAUCAGGGAGAUGAUGAGGUCCCCAUAUGGUCACAUAGUCUACGACUCCAACCCUUAUCUCUAUCUACCCGUGGACUACUGCGGUGGUCUAUUAGACCAGGUGACGUCAUUGGUCCACAUGUCGAACGGAAAAGUGUACGACCCUCUCAUUGGCCAAUGGAUGUCGCCAUUGUGGGAGAGUCUGAUGGAGAGGAUUCAUGACCCGACGCAUUUGCAUUUAUAUAGAUUUAACGGGAACGAUCCUAUUAAUGUCAGGCCGCAGAAUAAGAAGCCAACUGACCACCUAACGUGGCUCGAACUGCUGGGAUACGACACCAAGAGCCUCGCCCCACAGCUGUACCCUGACGAGCUGCCCGGAGGCUCAGUAUUGCCAAGAAUCCCUCGCGGCCGACCUUUAUGGGGAAUGGCACCCGACUCCAGCGGUCCCAGUCUCCCAUACGCGACAUCUCUACUUCCGAGCGUCAUCAUAGAAUCAGGUUUCCUGUCACACAUGUCCAACAAGAGAAUUGCCGACUUCAGAAGCCUCUCCAUCCCGGCGAUGUCCGCUCUCAAGGCGGACGCUCUCGACCUCACUCCGAAAAGAAUCGGUUCGGAUUCCGAACCACCCUUCGGACGUGGAAUACUCGUCUCCAGAAACUCCCGCGGAAGAGCCGUUGUCACCACCGUGCCCUCCGCCAACGCCAUCUACCGUGAUGUCUACACGUCAGUGUUCAAUCGAUCUCAUUUACUGCCAUUCUCCUUUGUCGUCCACGGAGACCAGCAGGACGUCUUCUACUUCGUGAAAGAGGAGACCUGGCGCGCCGCGGACGACAAACAACAGUUAAAGAGGAUGCAGGGCAAACUGAACGUGACGUUCCACGAAGUGACUGAAGGCGGCCGGUCCUACGCCGACGUGAAGAUACACGGCCAGACGAGUAUCGUGAACCUUCGAUACGGAACCAGCACCGAGAGAGAGAAGCAGAGACUCCUCCAUCACGCCAAAGCGUCCGCUAUCAGAAAAGCGUGGCACCGAGAGCGCGAGAUCCUUCGUGCCGGAAUGGGCGGCUCGUUGGACUGGUCGGCAGCCGAGUUGGAAGAGAUCCAGAAGGCGGGUUCCGCGACCGGCUACGAAGGGGAGUACGUUCACGAUGUGGCGCGGUACCCGGAGCUGGCCGAAGACCCUUACAACGUUCGCUUCGUGAAGCGGCGCUCGGACCGCAGCGAGCGUCGACGUCGGAAGCGCUCGGAGUGCCCCUCCCCCUGGUGGCUCGCCUGGGAAGAACUCUGCUAGUGACGAGCCGUCGAAUGCCAAAUCGUGUGAAUGUCUAGUGUGAGAGAGACGCGUGCGUGAUAAUAUAUUUUGUAAAUAGUAUCUAUUAAUUGUUAAUUGUUGAUGUAUGUACGGUAGACGCGAAUCCCUAUCGCUGUGUAAAUAUGGAAUUUUAUUUGCAGGGAAGGAUGGACCUUUUGAGAGGACUGAUAUUGAAAUAAAUGUAUUGUAUGUAUAGAUAAGAUUUAUGUGAAUAUGAAAUUAUUUAUACUUAUUUAUCGGUAAAAAAGCUUCGAUCGUGUCCAAUGUUCUUAUAAAUUUAGAUGAAGACUAUUUGAAAGAAUAAUAAAAAGGCAUACUUUUUUAACCAAA